ACUAUUGCUUUCUCCUGGGUAUAGAUAGAAGGAAGGGGUGUUGUAUAUGAAACAUAUGUUCUUCCCCUUCUUUUAGUUGAGAUGGAUGGUGCUUAUGCCAUUAUCUUCCUGUUUUCCAACUUGUUGCUGCUUCCUUAUCCUUCCCUUUCACUUCCCUUAUGUACUGAUUCCCGGCCACCGGUCAGCCUGAACACCACGCUGAAAUUUUGUCCUUACAAUGGAAGUACUUGUUGCAACUCUACAGAAGAUUCACAAUUGCAGAAGCAAUUUCAAGCCAUGAGUAUCUCUGAUCCUAAUUGUGCGUCACUCUUGCAAUCAAUCCUUUGUGCGAGAUGUGAUCCAUUUUCAGCAAGUCUGUUUACAAUUGCUUCUGUGCCUCGAUCAGUACCGGUCCUCUGCAACUCAACUGUUACAAACUCAUCCCAGUCCAGCCAAGCAGAAAAUAAUUUCUGCUCUAAAGUAUGGGAUACAUGUAAGAAUGUGUCUGUACUAAAUUCCCCCUUUGCACCAUCAUUGCAAGGACAAGCUGGAACUUCAGUCAAUUCCAAUUUUACCAAGCUGACUGAAUUUUGGCAGUCAGAAACUGAUUUCUGCAUUGCUUUCGGUGGAGCAUCCACUGAUGAAUCAGUAUGCUUUGAUGGUGAACCUGUUAAACUAAAUAAGACUGGAACUCCUAGUCCUCCACAUGGAUUAUGCCUUGAGAAAAUUGGUAAUGGAUCCUACCUCAACAUGGCUGCUCACCCUGAUGGGUCCAACCGUGCAUUUUUCUCCAACCAAGAAGGGAAGAUUUGGUUGGCAACCAUUCCCAAAGAGGGGUCAGGAGGAACAUUAGAGCUUGAUGAAUCAAACCCCUUUGUAGAUUUAACUGAUCAAGUUCAUUUUGAUACUGACUUUGGGAUGAUGGGUAUUGCAUUCCAUCCAAACUUUGCACAAAAUGGUCGGUUCUUUGCAUCAUUCAAUUGUGACAAAUCUACUUCACCCAGCUGUGCAGGAAGAUGUUCAUGUAACUCAGAUGUGAAUUGUGAUCCUUCAAAACUAGUCCCAGAUAAUGGUGCACAGCCUUGCCAGUAUCAAAGUGUUGUUGCUGAGUACACUACCAACGGUACCGCACCCCAGGUUUCCUUGGCACAAAGUGCCAAACCGUCAGAAGUUAGAAGGAUCUUCACUAUGGGGCUUCCUUUUACCUCUCAUCAUGGUGGACAGAUACUUUUUGGGCCUACAGAUGGGUAUUUAUACUUCAUGAUGGGAGAUGGAGGUGGGAAUGGAGAUCCCUACAACUUUUCCCAAAACAAAAAGUCAUUGCUUGGGAAAAUCAUGAGGCUUGAUGUUGAUAACACACCAAGUUCAGCAGAAAUCAAUAAACUCAGUCUAUGGGGAAAUUACUCAAUUCCCAAAGAUAAUCCAUUCAGUGAAGAUGCAGACUUGCAGCCUGAAAUAUGGGCUCUUGGAUUAAGAAAUCCUUGGCGGUGCAGUUUUGAUUUAGAAAGGCCUUCCUACUUUAUGUGUGGGGAUGUGGGGCAGGAUUUGUACGAAGAGGUUGACAUCAUCAGCAAGGGUGGAAAUUAUGGUUGGCGUGUUUAUGAAGGACCUUACCUUUACACUCCCCAAUCAUCACCUGGAGGAAAUACAUCUGCAAAGUCCAUAAACCCAAUUUUCCCAGUUAUGGGAUACAAUCACUCUGAAGUAAGCAACAAUAUAGGAUCAGCAGCAAUAAUGGGAGGCUACUUUUAUCGGUCUACAACAGAUCCAUGUGUGUAUGGAAGGUACUUGUAUGCAGAUUUGUAUGCUGGUGCUCUAUGGGCAGCAACUGAAGACCCCGAAAACAGUGGCAACUUUACCACUAGCAAAAUUCCUUUCAGUUGUGCAAAGGACUCUCCCAUAAAAUGCAGCUCUGUUCCAGCGAGCUCUCUCCCUGCUUUGGGUUAUAUUUUCUCAUUUGGGCAGGACAACCAGAAAGACAUAUUUCUACUAGCAAGUAGUGGCGUUUACAGAAUUACACGUCCUAGCCGCUGCAAUUAUACUUGCUCAAAGGAAAAUGUUACCUCAGUUCAAACCCCAAGUCCUACUACUGCUCCCACUUCUCAUGCAUACCGGUCAGAUGAACCAUAUAACAGUCUAAUUGUCCUGCUAUCUUCUUUGUUCUUGCUUUUACUAGGUUUUGCCUAACAUGUCAUAUAACAAAGCAUUCCUGUCUUGUGUAGGAAGGGAUAGUGUUUUUGAAGCAAGAUUACUGUACCAUAAUUUUUCAUCUUUUUCUUUCUCUUUUUCUCGGAUUAAUAAAGAAAUGUAAACUUG